AUGAUUAUUAAAGGUUUAUUACGCACAGAGCUAAAGUUUUGUUUAAGGUAUCUUAGGAGAGGAUUAAGUACAAAAUCACCUUGGGAUAUUGUAACAGGAGUAUGUGUAGAACGAUUGCCUGUAGUCACACCACCAUUAAAUGAUAUACAAAAAAAGUACAAGGAAUUAUUGUGGACUAUGGAAGUAGAAAAAAGCUUAAAAUCAGAUCACGAGAUCAGACAAGAAAACGAUAAAAUUCAAGCAGAACUUUUAAAGAAUGAAUCACAUGAUGUGGACUUGGAUGCUGUGAGCAAAAUAACUGCACAAGAUUUUGAGGAUGCAGCUGGUGAAGAGUUAGCUCAAUUUAAAUUUGCAAGUAUUGAAACAGAAGCAGAUAAAAAAGGAGAUAAAACAACAUCAGAUAGAUGCUUACAGAGGCAUUUAGUACUUGUCACACCUGUUAAAUUAGGAAAUGAUAUUAAAACAAUACUUCCACAAGGACAAUGGAAAGAUGGGGAGACAUUACGACAGACAGCUGAAAGAGUUCUUAAGGAGCAUUGUGGACCAAAUUUAAAAGUUCAAUUUCUUUCAAAUGCGCCAUGUGGUUUUUACAAAUAUAAAUAUCCUGCUGAAUUACAAAGUGAUGGGAAAGUUGGAGCCAAAGUAUUCUUCUAUUACGCCAAUUACAAAAGUGGUGUUGUAGAAAGUAAAGACAGGACAAAGUGCAAUUGGCUAACAAGAAAUGAAUUAACGGAAAUUUUACCAACUAAGUACAAUAAAUCAGUGCAAGAGUUUUUGAUUCAAGAAACUUUUUAG